AUGACGCCCUCCCGCCUGCGGUCGCUGAGCCCCAUGCCUGCGAAGAAAGAGGUCACGAGAUCCAUCUCGACGCCGCACCUCGCCAAAGCCGCCAGCGAAAGCGACGGCAUGAACACAAUCCCCGACCCGCGGGCGCCCACACCCCAGCCACCCGUCUCGCGCCACAACUCGAGCGACUCGCACCCCGACUUCAGCCAGGAAGUGUCGACGCUCAGCACCAAGCUCAUCAACGCGAUCAACCAUUCGACCAUGCUCGACGACUCGCUGCAGCAGACCCGGCACGAGCUGGAAGCGGCCAAGAAGCGCUUGGAGCUCCUCGAGGCGCAAGUCAAGACCCACGAGCAGAAGGUCGCAAAGGGGCUGCUGGUCGACAAGGUUGUCUACCUGAAGAUGGAGCGCCAGAUGACGAUGGAGCUGCAGGAAGAGCGCAAGCGCCGUGCGGAGGCCGAGAGGCUGAAGCGCAACACCGACAGCGAGGUCGAGCAGCUGACUGCGGCGCUGUUUGAGGAAGCCAAUGUGAUGGUAGCAGCAGCACGCAAAGAGACAGAAGCUUCGGACAAGCGCGGCGAACAGCUGAAGCAGCAGCUCAGCGAUGCUGGCGAGCUGCAGCACUCAUUGCAGGAGCAGCUACAGGACCUCAAGGGCGUCAUGGAGAAGAUGAGCUCGCACGGCGACGACGAGAGCAAUAUCCUCGCAACAACCACUGCGCCUUCGACUCCCGGCAUCACUCCAGCUGACAAGAUGACGAAGCUACUCGAAUCGACACACCUCACGCCUAACACGCCCGGCUCCGAAGAACCCAGCCCCGAUCACCCACUCCACUUCUCGCACUUGAUCCACCCCGUUCUGCGGUCCGAUUUGACCACAUUUGAGGACUUCCAAGCCAUGCUCCGGACGGUUCCUCAAUCUGCAUCAUCGAGCCGUGUCUCGAGCGGGAACUACAGCAGUCUGAAUGUGCUGGGGCUGGGGUCGUUGGGAUCAUUGACGAACAGCUCGACGACAUCCCUGCCAUCCUCGAUCAAAGCUCCCUCAAACGGCAACAACUCGCCCCGAGAGGCAGUGGCCAGCCAAGCGAUUACGAACCUGAAAGAUGAGAAAUUCUACAAGCGUGCGCUGGUCGAGGACAUCGAGCCCACGCUCCGGCUGGACAUUGCUCCAGGACUGUCUUGGAUGGCGCGCCGCACCGUCGUCAGCAGCAUCACAGCAGGAUCCCUUGUCGUGGAGCCAAACCCGGCGUCGACAUCUCGAUUCCGCGCCCCCAUACUGCCGUGCUCGUUGUGUGGCGAAAGCCGAAAGGACGAAAAAUACGCCCGGAAGUACCGCUUCAAGACGGCUGACAACGAGGAUUCGCAGAGAUAUCCGCUGUGCGACUGGUGUCUGGGCCGCGUACGCGCAACGUGUGACUACAUUGGAUUCCUCCGCAUGAUUGCCGCAGGCCACUGGCGUGCCGAGACGGACGAGGAGAAGAAGAACGCCUGGGAGGAGAGCGUGCGGCUGCGCGAACGCAUGUUCUGGAACCGCAUUGGCGGCGGCGUCGUGCCGGCCUUUGUCGCCAUGCGCGACAGCCCGCGCAGCCCCACGUUCGCAAACGCCGACAAGACGCGGCGCAGCGAGUCCAGCCAGUCAGUCGAAAUCGCGGUCGAGGCCCCCGCCAGCAACGACGACCCUUUUCAGGCCUCGGACGACGCGGAUAAGGAGAAGCGCGUCUCCAUUGGCAAGACACUCAUCUCGCCGGAGAUCAAGCAGAUGCUCACCGAGGACGAGGAGAAGCAGAUUGAGGCGAUGGUGCAGACACAACUCGAGACGGAAGUGGGCCGUUCGCUCGACGCGGCGCCUGCACUGCAGACACAAACAGAGACGCAGUCGCAGACACAAACAGAGACGCAGUCGCAGACACAAGCAGAGACGCAGUCGCAGACACAAACGGAGACGCAGUCGCAGACGCAGCUGGACAAACCCAGCCUGCAGCGCCAGCGCUCGCAGUCGAAUCCGCCGCCGCCCACGCCGCCGCGCAAAAAGGACGACCGCCUCAGCCUCACUAUUCCGGGGGCUUUUGAGUAG